AUGACUCCAUCUCGUACUUUCACAGAAGCCCUUACACGGGCUAAUAAGUACAUCAAUGCGGAAGAGGUGAUGAAGGUAAAGAGGGCUGAACAGCCUGACAAGAAAGAAAGAGAGAAGGAGAAGAAAAAGCCGAUGGUGGAACAGAAGACGGACUACCGCCCCUCCCGAGCUCCAGAUCGCCUGGGUUUAGGGGGUGCACGGGGAAGCCCGGUGAGUUACACUCCCCUCAAUGCUAGUCGAGCAGAGAUACUCUUGGCACUGGAGGACAAGAAUUAUUUGCGACGUCCUCCCCCACUGAAGUCUCCACCCAACACUAGAAGCAAAAAGAAGUAUUGUCGUUUCCACCGCGACCACGGCCAUGAAACAGAGGACUGCAUCCAAUUGAAAGAAGAGAUACAGGAGCUUAUCAACAGGGGUUACCUCCGGGAUUUCGUUAGUCGAGGAGGUGUGAACUUGAGCAGGGUAGAAUCCCAACCGGAGCACAGAAGGAGGUCCCCUACUCUGGGAACAGUUCCAGGGCCUCACUCAACUGCUCCCAAGAGCGUGGUAAAGGAGAAGGUAGUCAUCACAUUUUCCGAAGAGGAUCUUCCGAGCUACCCCAACUAUUCAGAUCCGUUGGUGAUCACUGCUCAAGUAGGAGAGUGGGAGAUGAGGCGAAUCCUCGUGGACCCGGGUAGCUCUUCGGAGAUUCUUUACAAGAGGGCAUUCCUAGGGAUAGGGUUCACUCUCGAACAGCUGAGGCCAGUUCGUGUCCCUUUGGUUGGUUUUGAUGGAAUGGUGAUUCAUUCCAAGGGGUUGAUCCGGUUACCCCUAACAGUCGGUAGUGGCUCUCAUAAAUCCCAGGUGACGUUGGAUUUUUUGGUCGCUGAUGUGCCCUCGACAUACAAUAUGAUUCUUGGUAGGUCCGGGCUUAGUGCCCUGAGGGUGGUACCAAGCACAUAUCACAUGGUGUUGAAAUUCUUUACUCCGGGAGGGAUUGGCAAGGUAAGAGGGGACCAACGGCAGGCUAGGGAAUGCUACAUAGCCUCUUUGAGUGCCACUAUAGCCAAGGGGUCAGAGUCAGACUCAAGGCUGAACCAGGAUGCUAUCCCUCAAGACGGUCAGGGCCUGAUGCAAACGAAACAGGGAAAAGCCUUAAGUAUAGGAGCAGGUCAGAGAUCGGCAAGGGGGGAGGGACAGAGUUCUGCCGCUCCUCCCAUGGUGGUUACCAGUUUUAUUUUGGAAGGUCCGGAGAAGCCCAAGACCUCGUAG